UGAAAAGCAUCUAGCAUGUGGACAUUGCUUUGUGCCGACAAUAAUAUUGCAUUAUAAAAUCACACUGCUUUCUUCAACAAUUCGCCACAUCAACAUUCCCAACUCGACAAGUAAGAAUCAACAUCAAGAUAGUCUCUCCGCAACUGCAACAACCAAUUGAAGAUGCACCGCCCCGGCCACCAUGAUCAUGGCCAUGGACCUGGCGGCGGUCCAGGAGGACCAGGCGGACCAGGCGGCGGUCCGGGAGGACCAGGUGGACCAGGCUCCCAUGGACCUCCAGGCGGCGGUCUAGGAGGACCGGGAGGACCAGGUGGCGGUCCAGGAGGACUGGGCGGCGGUUGGGGAGGACCAGGCGGCGGUGGCCCAGGAGGACCAGGAGGCGGUGGCCCAGGAGGACCAGGCGGGGGCGGUCCAGGAGGACCAGGCGGCGGCGGUCCAGGAGGACCGGGCGGGGGUUGGGGAGGUCCAGGUGGCGGUGGUCCAGGAGGCCCAGGAGGCGGUGGUCCAGGAGGACCAGGCGGCGGUGGCCCAGGAGGACCAGGAGGCGGUGGCCCAGGAGGACCAGGCGGGGGCGGUCCAGGAGGACCAGGCGGCGGCGGUCCAGGAGGACCGGGCGGGGGUUGGGGAGGUCCAGGUGGCGGUGGUCCAGGAGGCCCAGGAGGCGGUGGUCCAGGAGGACCAGGCGGCGGUGGCCCAGGAGGACCAGGAGGCGGUGGCCCAGGGGGACGAGGCGGCGGCGGUCCAGGGGGACAUGGUCGCUAGUGGUGUACUAGCUAGUAGUACGUAGUCUAUAUAUGAUGAUAUAACUAAGUUGAUGAUGAGCGUAAUUAGUUAAUAAUGAUGAUGUUGUGCUUGUUAUUAAUUUCUAGUUAGUUUUGGUAAUCAUGUUGAGUGAGAUCCUUCCAUUCCCCGGCCAUCUCCAGUGGCUCAGUUCAGCUAGCUGGAGAAGAUAAGGGCGGUUCAUGUCAUACUAGUAGUACUGUAUGAUGCAUGUAAUAUAUAACAAUAAAAUGAAGAGAACCACUUUAUUAUGAUA